AUGACGAAAAAUCAGACCACGCUGAGCUCGAUGAUGAUUGGCUAAUAUUUGUGGUGUUACCUUCAGAAGCGAAAAUGGCAGACCAACAGAACUGUUGGUCGGUCGGUUCCGAUGGAAUUUCUAUAAUGGACACUGACUUACUAUCUGGAAAUCAGUUUGAUAAUCUCCAGACAUAUAACGGACUUGGAGACUUGGAUAAUAUCAUCGAUUUCAUCAAUGGGACACCAGAUAAUGAUCCCUUCAGCAAUUCCAACUUUGACUUGGCUUUGGAUCCAUCUUUGGGACUGGAGUCAAGUCUUGGCUUGGACCAGCUGGGGCUAGAUGCAAGUUUUGUGGAGUCAGAUUUAACUGGUUCUGCAUUAAAUCUGGACCAGUCCCUCCCGGUGGAAAACACCAUGGAAGUUUCGGACACUGCCGUGGUUGUCAAGCAAGAAGUAGAUCUUGGCUCAUCUCUCUGCCAUGUAGAGGUCCCUGUGAGAUCAGCUGAUUUGACAAGCCUGCUUCAGCAAGAUUUGAAGCCCCAGGUGCUUCAGCAGGAUGUAAAGCCCCAGGUUCAAGAAGACCGAGCUGGUACCAGUGGAGUAAGCAUAUUGCAAGGCAACCAGCUUUAUCAGACAGCUGCCCUGAAGACAUUGCUUGAGCUCAAUGAUGCUGCCAGAGCUAAGAAAAUUGCUGAGGCGUCGUCUCGUCUGGCUACAGUUCAGCAGCAGCAAGCCCAGCAACAGCAACAGCAGCAAGCUCAGCAGCAGCAACUAAGACAGCUUAUUGCCUCUCAGCAGUCUGUAGCUCAGCAUCAAACGAGCAGCUCUGUGCAACCAAAAGUAGUAGCGUCGUCAUCCCAGCAGCAGCUCAAGCUCAUUCUCCAGCAGCCCCUGGUGAGUUCAGCCGCAGCCACUGUUGCUGCUCAGGCCCAGGGCUCGCAGGGCCAGUCAGUGGCCCCACAGGUACAGCUGGUCCAGUCCGUCCUGCAGCAGGCCCGACCGUCUCCACAGACGAGCACCUCCUCGGCCUCCGUGCAGAGCGUGGGUCAACUCAGCGUCCAGCAGCUCCAGCAGCUGUUACGGCAGCAAGUUGUCACGGUGUCCCAAGGCACUGAUCAGCAAAGCACCAAUUCCAAUGUGAUCUCACUGAAUUCCACCCCCGCACCUCCGAGCACUGUGAGCAGCACCCCUCUCCAGACCUUAGUCACAAACUGUGGGAGUACCAUUCUCACCACCAGCAUUCCCGUGCAGGUAGUUGAUGGUGACAAGAUGCCUAUUAACCGUUUAACCAGUGCACCAAAGAUGAAAUGCAAAGGAGAAAAAAGGACGGCCCACAAUGCGAUAGAGAAACGCUACAGACUGAGCAUCAACGACAAGAUUGUUGAGCUGAAAGAUUUGGUCGCCGGAGUGGAAGCCAAGUUGAACAAGUCGGCUAUCCUGCGGAAGGCGAUUGACAUGAUCAGGUACCUGCAGAGAGACAAUAAACGUCUGAAGCAAGAAAACCUGCAGCUGAAACUGGCCAUGAAGAAACAAAACUUGUAUGACUUCUCAGCCGUCAUUGGUGAGGUCAAGGUGGAGAGUGAAGCGAUGACUCCGCCCCACUCGGACAGUUCUUCACCCAUGAACAGUCCUCGCUCGGACAGUGACUGUUCCAACCCUGGCACACCGGGCUCAGACGAACUGCUGGGUGAAGAAGCUACCUACAGCUUGACGAAUUCUGGAAUGCUGGAUCGGUCUCGCAUCUUCCUCUGCAUGUUCAUGUUCUGUGUUCUGGCUUUCAAUCCAUUCAACUACUUCUUCGGUCCCUCCAUGGGACCAGGAUCAGGCUCGGAUGGUUAUCACUCAAGAACACUUCUCUCCAGUGCUGAAGAUGCAAAUCAAAGUUGGUACGAUCGGAUGUACCCGUCUGUGGUGAUGUGGCUUGUCAAUGGGAUAUUUGUCAGCUUUGUGCUGGCAAAGCUUUUGAUCUUUGGUGAACCUGUGACGAAGAAGAACAGCGAUGCUUCAGUAGCAUUUUGGCGGCACCAGAAGCAGGCGGAGUCGUACCUGUCAAGGGCGGACUACUCGUCUGCCAACCACCAGCUCCAGCAAUGUCUCCUGGCCCUGGGCCGACCCCUCCCCACCUCCAAAGUGGACCUCAUCUCCGGUGUGGGCUGGCAAAUCUUUCGACAGUGCCUUAACCGCCUCUACCUGGGAAGGUGGCUGGCAUCUCGGGCUGGCAGGCUAGUAGGGAGGAACAGCGCUGAUGUCAAAGAAUCUGCCAGGGACGCAGCCAACGUUUUUCACACCUUGAAUCAGCUUCAUCUGUGUGGCCACGUGGCAGGCUCUCGACUGUGGGGACUCAAUCUGGCUCUGAGCGCUGUCAACAUUGGGGAGACGGCCAAGGAUGCUCUGCCCAGAUUUGAUCUAGCCAAGAUUUACGCAACGGGAGCUCUUCAGAUCAAAGCGUCUCUCCCAGAGGGGUUCCAGUUUGUCUCGCGCUACUUCUUGAGUCGUGCCCGGCACAUCUGCAAAAAGAGCGGGGACCAGGUACCCGCCAACAUUCAGUGGUUGUGCCACCCAGAAGGUCACCGCUUCUUCGUGGACAGCGUCAAGUUUGACGGGACAGAGAACUCCAUCUUCUCAUCUUGCGGCAUUGAAGUGGACCCCCUGGCGCGAGUUACCCAGGCGUUCCGGGAACACCUGCUGGAGCAGGCUCUCUUCUCCCUGGUCUCCCCACAAGGCCCCAGCCAGCACAAACAGGGCCAGGCUCUACAGUUUGCCCAGCUGCUGUCCGAGUGCUCGUGUCUCAGCGACGGGACCUCCUACAUCCACUCGGAUCUCUCCGGCAUCACCAAAGUCGGAGAUAUCGACAGCGUGGCCAUGUGGUGGGCCAGUGUGGUGUCUGUGGCACACUACUGGCUGUGUGGCGAUGACGAGAAUGCCUCCAGGAACUACUCCGUCCUCGACGUGUUCCCGAAGAAACUCCACGGCUCAGACGACCCUCUGCCAAGGGCUGUCUACCUGGCCUACAAAGCUCGCAAGAAUGUCAUCGUCCAACCAGAAGUGAAGAACUUGCGGGCCGCCAUAAGACAGUGUGACCGGGCCGGUCGUCUGCUCCGAGAGAGUCUCAAACUGGCGUGUCGGGAGGAAAAUCUGUCGAUGGUCAGAGUUUUCCUCCACGAGGCGACAGCCCGCAUCAUGGCGGGAGCCAGCCCAGCCCGCACGCAGCAGCUGUUGGACAGGAGCAUACGCCGACGGCACAAAGCUGUUCCCGCUCAUGUGGACGCAGAUGAGCUGGAGGAGGGCGCGGAGGAAGUGUGCCCCGAGAGGGAAACAGCGACGGCCAUGUUGAUGGCAGGCCGACACCUGCACGCGGGAGUGGCCGGGGGAACCAGCGAGAGGAUCAAGCUCAUCAAGGACGCUGGACGCAUGUUUGAGAUGCUCGGGGAUAAGAAAUCUGUCUCGGUCUGCCGAAAGGCGCUGAUGGAUAUGGAUGAAUCCAGCGGGGGUGGUGGGGAGGUGCCCGUGGCUGGCUGUUGAAUGAGGGAGAGAGGCAGACUCAGAGAGAGAGAGGGAGAAAGACACAGAGAGUGAGAGAAGUAGAGAGAGAGAGGCAGAGUGUGUGGACUGAUAUCUUGUAUGGGAUAGGAUGGUUUGUGUUUAGCAAAGGGAUCAAAGAUUGUUUAGAAAUUUAAAGCUCUCUCAGUUUUUUGCUGAGCCUUGACAAGCUUUCUUGUGUUUGUCUGUCUGAGAGAGUAGUUUUCAGUGAUCUGAUGACCCAUGUUUGAAAACUUUGGUCAGUUGCGAGUGCCGUAAAACUCUUACUAAAAACAAACUUUGGUCACUUUGGACAAGGGAAUCCAGAUAGCAUAAACUGUUUGCACACCCACGUACUCCCUGUAUGGCCUGGGAGAUAUUUAGCAACACGGAUCUGAGCCUGGUAAAAAGAUAAAAGAAAUGAAUCUGAAAGGGAUGACCAUUUGUUGUACAUGAUACACUGUUAUAUUUUUGCCGAUAUAUUAUUUUCGUGUUCUUUUCAAUGAUGUGCAUAUAUUUACUGGGUGUGUGUGGUAUUUAUCUGAUUGUCGAGUGAGCGAGAGAGAGAGAGAGAGAGAGAGAAAGAGUUCACUUCUCUUCUUCUUGUGUAUAUAUAUCAUUCCUCUGGUGUACGUGAAGUGUUACAAAGCUAAGUCAAAGUAAACUUUGGGGCUCACUCGCCCUUCCUCCUCCAUUACCAUAAUUGACGCAUCCGAGUAUUCACCCUCAGUAAGGUCGCUGUGUAAGCCCUACUUGAUACACUCUUGUCUCUUGUAUUUGAAAAAGAAUCUUCAAUGGGAGUUGUAAGGUACUUGUACCCAAACUCAAAGUUGUAAUAACUGUAGUAAUACAGUUGUGCCAGUUGGAGGUAUGAUCUGGUCUGUUGUCUUGGUGACUUUUCCUCAGGAAGAAUACAGGUCACAACAACUGCUGAAAGCAAUGAUUGGGGGGUGUAAGAAGUCAGAAGUUUGCCUUGAUUGGUUCCCACACAGCUGAAGAAUAUCGUCACUUGUACCUCUCCGACACAGUUGUGGGGGGGAUGCUGUUGUUUUAAAAAUGAGUUCUGGAAAGUGACAAAGAGGCUGUUGUUUUAAAAAUGAGUUCUGGAGAGAGGCUGUUGUUUUAGAAAUGAGAUCUGGAGAGAGACAGAGAGGCUGUUGUUUUAAAAAUGAGUUCUGGAGAGAGACAGAGAGGCUGUUGUUUUAGAAAUGAGUUCUGGAGAGAGACAGAGAGGCUGUUGUUUUAAAAAUGAGUUCUGGAGAGACAGAGAGGCUGUUGUUUUAGAAAUGAGAUCUGGAGAGAGGCAGAGAGAGGUUAUUGUUGAGAUUUCAUUUUGAUUUGUUUUGAUAUUUUUCAUGUUCCCACACAGCUUGUAGUGGUUUGAAACUUGACCAUUGUGCACCCAGAGUUGUCAUUAAACAUUUCAUACAACCGUCA